UCCUAGUUUUGUCCUCACCCGUUUGCGCAUGCGUAAGGAACCAGCUGGCGCGGUAAAAGUAUGCGGCCUUGUGUGUUGGCGCAGAAUUUUCAAUAUAUGGCAGGUCCGAGGGCGGAAGUUUACUUCAUAAACUAUCGUCCGCCUUAUUGACUUGCUUUUAGAUAUGAUGUAGUGCACAUAAGAGCCACGUUUGAUCGACACAAAGACGAGCGAACCAUGGAGAAAGUUAAGAAAAUGAUGGAGCGUGCUGAAAGUUAUGUACACUAGCUGGGCUGUCCCGAGAAGGAAACAGUGGAAUGUUUCCUAUUGAGAACAUGACCAAUAUACAACCGUCAGAAGACACAGCGUUAAUUGAUUUGGAAUUUCCUGUGUGUCAGAAUAUUACAGCAACCUUGAAAUGUGGAACAUAUCGUAUACGUCAGGCAAAAUGUUGAAUCGCGAAUUGACUUUUUAAAUAUUCGCGUUUCAUCAGUGUCUUUUCAGUUACAAUCAUGGUUUUUCUGUGUUUCUGUUUUAAUUUUUAAUCGGUCUGCAGUUCUGAAGAAAUGGCAGAACGUCGAGGCCGUUCCAGGACAAGGGUUACGUCGCAAUAUAACAGCAAUGACCCUACAAACUGGACGAAAGCGAAGCUUCGAGGAAAGCUACAAGAGCUCGGCAUAUGGACUCGCCCCAGCUAUAGUAUAACCGAUUUGAUUCGAAUGUAUCAGAACCAAAGCGUAUCUCGCGUUCGGAACAUUGUCAGACCUUUAUUACCGUCAGAGGAAACAACUGUGACCACAGAAACAGAAUCUGUGCCCACGGUAAACGAAUUGACAGGGCAGAGGGACUCUGUCACCGUGGUUCAAGACAACGAAGCAUGCUCGUCUUCAUCUUCCACGGAUGGCAGGAAGACUGAAGUCACACCACCACGACGUAGAACAGGAAAAAGAGGAAGCGCCGUCAUAGAAACAGCGACGAUAACGAGACCAACGCCAUCUUUAUACAACAGGAUGCAACCAGCGGCGAAGACCGCCAGAUACACGGACGACAAUGCAAAAGAUUUGCCUACUGUCAGAAUACAUGAAAAAAACUAUACUGCCAUAAUAGGAGAACAGCUGAAGCUGGAGUGUUCUGUAUCUGCACAUCCUUUGAUAACAACAGUUUCCUGGCAACGUAUUUUACCUGAGGGGCAAACCGUAACAUUGGAUAUGGACGAGUUAAAAUAUACUGGAUCAAAACCGAAUGACCCACACUUAGUAAUCGACGACAUCAGGAAAGAUGACGAAGGCACCUAUGUAUGUACCGUCUCAAACUUGAAUGGGGAAAGGCAGAGUGCACCUACUAAGCUGAAAGUAAAAGGAGGUCUACCAACGCUGAAUAUGAAGCCAAAAAGCCACUAUAAAACUGAAGGAGAAGUUGCUAUUUUAAAAUGCAAUGUCAUUGCGGAACCACCAGCAUCCAAUAUUGUAUGGACCAAAGAAGAAGAAGGAGGAGGUGAACGUGAAAUUGCAAUUGACAAUGAUAAAUACCACGGCGGUUUGCCAAAAUCCCCUUCGCUGAUAAUAGCUGAAACGGAAAAAAUACAUGACGAAGGCAAAUAUAUUUGUGAAGCGGAAAAUCAUGCAGGACAGAAAAGCAAUUCCGUGCACUUGACAAUAAAUAGUACGCUUGCAAAUACCGAAACAAUCAAAACCACUCACGAGGAAGGCAUUGGAUAUCGAAUUCGAUUCAGACAUGUACAAAUGGUGAUCGCUUUAUCUGAACAUAUUUGCCCAGAAGCAAAACAUUGGGCAAACUUUAUAGAAUUAAUAAAGGUGUAUGUGCCAAAUUCAGAUCUUGGAAAGAACCUACAAGACAACGUAUCUUAUCUCGAACGAAAGGGCCAUAUUUCUUUCGGUCGAUAUGACAAGUUGUUCAAAAUUGUUAACGAAAUAGAUAAACCAGCCUCGCGCAUCAUUAUGAAGGCAGAAGCUGAUAUAAAAACAAUUAGAAAAGGAGGGAUGCCACAAGAAACGACUACCAAACUGGUAUGCACAUUUGACGGUAUUUACAAUCAAGAGUUACCCCAAAAGUGUACCAGUCAAAUCACAGAGCAGUUCGGAGAAGUCAGUGGCAGAAUGACAGGAGAAGUGAGUCAAGGAUCAAUUGUUCUAAAGUUUACAAUCAGCGAAAUGCAGACGCCACACCAACCGUCUGCUUUGUACCUGGCUGUGACGCUUAGGACGAGACUACAAAACAGGCAGAUUGUACUUAAAGAUGAGUCCGACGAACCUCUAGUAUUAAAGACUACACCAAAAGUAAUGGUACCAACGGAGAAUCCGAAAGAUAUACCAACAAUACGUUUAAGUAGAGGGCACUACCGAUUUACUGAAGGAAAAGUGGCCAUUUUGAAAUGUGUUGUGGUCGCCACAGCGGAAACCGAAUCUAUCCAGUGGUUCAGAGUAAAGGAUGAAAGAUCUCACGCUAUUAUAAUUGACAACGAAAAGUAUUUUGGCGGGUUACCAAAAUCCCCAUCACUUGCUAUCGCUGAUGUAAAGAAAUCUGACAGAGGAAUAUAUUUCUGUAGGGCAGGGAAUAGAGAAGGUGAAGUGGAAAGUGACAUAGCCUUUGUCGAAAUCAAUAGUAUUGGUGAGUUGGGUACAAGGAAGGAUGUUGUCAGUGCUGUGACGGAGGAUGUCUUUACCGUAGAGGAAGAUGUCAGUUCCGUGAAGGAGGAUGCCAAUGCUGUGAUGAAGGAUGCCAGUGCUGUAACAGAUAUCAGUACCAUGGAGGUUAACGUCAUAAAAAAAGAAUUAAGUACUGGACUGGAGGACAACUUUGGUAUCAAAGGUCUAUACAAAGCCAACUCAGAGGAACUCAUGAAGGAGCGAAUUGCACAUGAGCAUGUAAAAAUGGUUACGGAAUUAUCCGAAUACUUUUCCCCAAAACUGGAUACUUGGUCAAAAUUCAGAGAGUCAAUACGUUGGGCUUUACCACCGGCAUACCUUGAAGAGGACUUGAACUCUAUCGUAGAAAGCCUAAUGAAGAAACAUCUUAUUGGUUAUGGUCAAUACCAAACAUUGUAUGAAGCUGUCGACAAAUUUGACAGGAAUCCAUCAAUCAUCAUUAAGAAGGCAGAAGCACAUAUAAAAGCAAUAAGAGAUGGAGAUGUAGUCAGUCCGAUGAAAAUGGAUGUCAGUAAAGCGAAGAAGGAAUUUGGUUUUGAUUUGGAUACACGCCCGGGCAUUAGAGGUAUGACUCAAACCUAUUUCAUCAUACUGAUUUACCUACGAAGUAAGAUAUAUACUUAACACAAGGUUUAUUCGUUCGUUGGACAGUCCGUUAACACCUUGUCGGGACCAUAUCUUCUGAAUUACUGGUAAUGUGUCAUAAUAGGCAAUAAAUGGCGUGGACACUUUUGAGUUUGUGCUAAUAAGAUAAAGUUUGAUGCAACAGAUCAAAAAUGAUUAAAUGUUUAUACUGCAGUAAUAAACCAUAAAAGAACCAAAUUGUGAUUAAAUAUAGUGUUAAACUGCACAUUCAGGUUCAAAUCUAAAACUUGCUCCAAUUAUUUUUUUUCCGUGACGUAUAUCGACUGAUGACAGACAACAAGGAGUUUCUUGAGAUGAAAUCUGAUGACAAUUGUGGACAAGUUUUAAUGUCGCCAAUCAUUACGUCUUAGUGGAGUAGCUAUUUCUUUUGUGAAUGAAGGUCGAUGUUGAUCCUGAUGCUCAUUAGCAAGCCUUGUUGUUUUCUGCCGAUACCCUGGCUAUUUCUAUGGGGACUUGCAUUUUUGACACUACUGGGAUUUAAUAUAUUUAUAUGACGGGUGUCAUUGUUCAAGCAGAAGACUCUUACCUUUCCGAAACAUUUUCAUAAUUAUUGUUAUUAAGUUUUCUAGCAGUUAGGGUCAUAUCACUGAUUGUGCAGUUAGUAAUGUUCUAGAAUAACAAAAAGGUACACAUAGGAUCUCUUUGUUAUGCUGUAGUUGACUUACAUAUUUCAUGUUUCAACUGUGUCAGGACUUUCGAUGCAUGACCUAUCUAUAUAUUUUGCCCUAAAUUCCUCCAUUUGAGUUUUAAUUAAUGUUUUGUUGAUGCUUCGAUAUUCUCCUAAUGUUUUUUAUGCAAUUAUUGCUUUUGUGAGAACGACAAGUAGUAGUAUCAUGACUGUCUCUUCGGAAUUGUACAGAUUACUAGUAAUAUAUAGAUUAUAUUACAUGAUCGAUAAAAAGACGGGAAUCGAUUGCAUCUCAUAAAAAUGCUGAUGCUAUUACAUACUAAAACUCGUAUGUCACUCUAUGAUGAUACUAGUUGUCCAUGGUCCGUAAUCUGUCUGUCCGCCAUACCUAGUUGUCCAUAUUGACUUUUUACUGAUCAGAUUGGCCUACAGGUAGCCAUUUUGGAUUUUGACAUUCCAUAUUUUUUAGAAAGCAAUUGUGGGACCUUUCUUAAAUUUAUUAUCUGAGUUUCCUUUAGUGUCUUGUUGUGCAUAUUUACUUUUGAGACUGAUCGGAUAAACAAAAUGGCUGACAGACAGCCAUCUUGCAUUUUUAAGCCGCUCCUGGCGAGAGCCUAGCGGCUUAUUGAUUCUGUCCAGAGAACGAAAUGACAAACCCACUUCCGUUCGGGGUGCGUGCGCAUAAUUCAGUCUUGCGUGCUUCCGCUAUAUAAUUUCGUUAUCGUAAAUAGAAAGUAGAAUCUCUGACACUCAACUGUCAGCACAUGUGAAGACUGUCAAGCAUUGAUGCUGUCUGUAUGGUCUUGCUUUUUAGGUCACCUGGGCUUUGCUCAAGUGACCUAUUCUAAUUGCUUUCCGUCCGUCGUCGUCCGUCGUGCGUAAACU